GCCGCAUAUAUUCGCACAUCGACGAGCAUCUCUCGAUCUCACCGAACGACAAUGCAUUCCGUCGCAGCUCUCCUCCAGCUGUUUUGCCUCCUCUUGUCACUUCAUCUGAGCCCAUGCUCCGGUGCGGCGGCCACGCCGGGCAACUUCUCCGCCUGCCUCGUCUCCAACGGCGUCACCAACUUCUCCCUGCCCACGUCUCCGAGCUACGGCGGGCUGCUCAACUCCUCCAUCUUCAACCUCCGGUUCAAUCUCCCGAGCGUCCCCGGGCCUGCCGCCGUUGUCCUGCCGGAGUCGAGGGAUGAACUGAGGCGAGCCAUCCUGUGCGCGCGCGCCAGCUCGCUGGCGAUCCGCGUGCGCAGCGGCGGGCACAGCGACGAGGGGCUGUCCUACACCACUGAGAACCACGUGCCGUUCGUGGUGAUCGACCUCGCGAACCUGAACCGCGUGCGGGUCGAGCCGGGCUCGGCCACGGCCUGGGCCGAGUCGGGAGCGACGGUGGGGGAGCUGUACUACGCCGUGGGGCAAUCGAGCCAGUCCCUGGCGUUCCCCGCCGGGUCGGAGUCGACCACUGGUCUAGGGGGGCAGGUCUCCGGCGGCGGGUUCGGGCUUCUGUCCCGGAAGUUUGCGCUCGCCGCCGACAACGUGCUGGACGCGGCUCUCAUCACUCCGGACGGCAGGGUCCUUGACCGGAGUUCUAUGGGCGACGACGUGUUCUGGACGAUCCGAGGCGGCGGAGGCGGGAGCUGGGGUGUGGUGUACGCUUGGAAGCUCCGCCUCGUUCCAGUCCCUCGCAACGUCACCGCGUUCACCGUCGGCCGGACCGGUCCGGUCGAACUCAUUGCCGGGUUGCUUCACAGGUGGCAGUAUGUCGGGCCCAAUCUACCGGACGAGUUUUAUCUCUCCGUGUAUGCUCCUACCGGGUCGACGGACGGCAACGUCUCCAUCUCCUUUACCGGUCAAGUGCUGGAGUCAAAAGAGCGCGCCUUGUCGGUUAUCAGCCAGAGCUUUCCUGAGCUGGGUUUGACCGAGGUAGACCUCUCAGAAAUGAGCUGGGUCGAGUCGACGGCCAAGUUCGCCGGUCUGAACACGGUGGAGGACCUGGCGAACCGGCGGCGCCAGCCAAAGCAGUACUCCAAGAGCAAGUCCGACUACGUGCAGGCACCGAUCUCGAGGCACGACAUGGUCGAGAUCUUCCGGCACCUGUCGACCGGGCCGACGGGGUCCAUCCAGCUCGACCCCUACGGCGGCGGCAUGGCGCGGGUCGGGAGCGCCGAGACGCCGUUCCCCCACCGCGCCGGGAACCUGUACAGUAUCCAGUACGGUGUGAACUGGGACCGGUCGGAGGUGGCCCGCGCGGAGGAGUUCAUCGGAUGGCUCAGGUCGUUCUACAAGUUCAUGGCCCCCUUGGUGUCCAAGGAUCCCCGCGCUGCCUACGUGAACUACCUCGACCUCGACCUGGGCGUGAACAACUGGACGCGCGCUGCCGGUGGGUCGUCCGCUCAGGCGGUUUCUCGUGCGAGGUCGUCGUGGGGGGAGGCGUACUUCGGAGAGAACUUCGACCGGCUGGUUCGUGCUAAGACGGUGGUCGAUCCUGGCAACGUGUUCAACAACGCGCAGAGCAUCCCUCCCUUGAACAUUAGAGCUGAGGGGCAGACAUGAUGCUUGCCGAAUAACACAUUUGGCCGUGAGGAGAUAUGUGUACGUAGUAAUGAAUAAAAUAAGGCACUACUAGGCCCAA